CCAUGCAAAAAAAUUAAUGUUGUCCUAAAUACUUUUUAUCCCCUAAUAUGGGAUAGCUUUUUUAAAUAUUAUAAAAUAAUAUUUUUAAAUCUUCCAUGGAUGUGUAAAUUUAGUGAGUCAUAUGAAUUAAAAUCAUCGUCUGCUGAGGCCUGAGUCUGAGUCUGAACAGUGAAUCAUUGAAAUGAUGAUUGCAUCUCAAAAUUUCUUCAACGAUUGAUUUGAAUUCAUUUUUUGCCUAUUUAUAUAUUCAUAAAUGUUUGCAAACUAUCCAUCAUUUAAGACUACUGAGAAUUAGUAAGUUUUACUUUUGGAAUAAGUAGUCCAUUGCCAUUACUUUUGAAGAUUAUAGUUAAAGUUAUAGGACCCUAGGUCUUAGGCCUACACCUUCUUCUAGCCUAGACUCUAGGACGACCUUCGUAUUUAAUUUUCAAAAAUAAAAUACAUGACAAAUAGGGCUAACCUCCAAAAAGCUCAAAUUAUAAAAUAAAAAAUUAGGCUCCUAAGACUACUAAUAAAGAUUAAAACUUAUUCACUCUAUUUUGGCUUUUUUUUUUUUUUUUACAAUAUAAACAAGAUGUCUUAAUUAACUGACAAAAAUGUUACAAAUUUCAAGUGAAUUUUAUUUUAUAUUUCAGUUUCAGCUUUCCAAUUAAUUCUUUCAAUACAUUUUCUCCUAAAUUCCCUACUAUGAUCACCUCUUGUUAACUUUUAAUCGUUAUCUUCCUCUGUUAAAUUAUCAUCAUCUUUGUUUUAGCUUCUCAUUAUGUCUGUUAAUAAAAUUCAACAUAUAUUAAUCCCUUCCAUUUUCAUCAGGAAAUAAGAAAUGCCCAUGAACUGACAAAAUGGACUCUGUAGUACCAGGCAGUAAGUUGGAGGAUGACCAUAGCUUGCCUCCCACCCAAGAAGAGAUAAGAAAGAAGCGUUUAGAAUACUUUAGAUUGACACAAGGAGGUGUGAAUUCAAAUAAAGUCUUUCAGCGCCAAAAGCCAGCAGACAAUGCCAUAGUAUCAGCUACCCUUCCUAUAGAUGAUAAUGAUAACCACAGGGAUUCAAAAGAAAUUUUACUAGAUAGCUCUUCAAUUAUUUUAAAAAACCCUUUAACAAACACACAUCCCUAUGCAGAACAAAUAACUCUGUCUGGAAGGUUACAGAAAGCACCGGAUACUAAAGAAAUAUCAAUUCCUACAAAGUAUCAAGAUUUAGCAUUGCAGACUAGAUCCCUAGUUGAGAAGUUGAAUAAAGAGAUUUCAGGCUCGGAAGCUUUCAGUGUUAUGAAUAGCAUUGGUGAUGUGGAUGAAUUAGGUUUAAAAACACACAGACCAGGCUUCCACAAUGAAGCUAAUUUUGUACAAAAAGAGAGAGAGAUACCUUCCAAUGAAACUCAAGGCCAAAGCAAGGCAUCUAAAGAACUAUUCAGCCCAGAAAUACAAGAACAGAUGAAAAGUGCACUUGGAGAUAAAGGAUUGCAAGAGCUGAUGUUAAAAGUUGAAAAGGACAUAGAGCAGUUGCAUAGAGGGAGAUCAUUCAAUAAAAAUUUUAACAGGGAGGGUAUUAUUAAAGAUCAGCAUCCAACUCUAUCGAGUUUUGAGAGCACAGAUCAAAUGCAUGAGGAAUCAAAUCCUGGUAGUCAGAUCUCAGGUAAAACUCAUUUAAUAACCAAAAAUUUAGAACAACUGAGGGAGGGAGAGAAAGAUGCAUUUAAGCAGCUAAGAAAUUAUGAUCAAAUGAUUGUACCAAGAAAUACAAAAAAUGCGUUCUCAGCUGAUGAAAUUUACAGGCAAGCUUAUGGGGAUAAAGCAGAAAGUGCUUUAUUUGAAAAGCCACUGAGCAGGAACACUGACCCCAUGCUCAACUCAACCAACCAGAACUCAAGACAGUGGCUAAAUCAUGCAACAGGACAUUCUGAGUAUGCUCACCCAAAUGAGUCGUACUAUUCUCCCAUUAGAAAACUAUCACAUGAUGGUUCUGUACAAACAGGAAAUAUCCCACCCUUUGUAAGCACUCACAACCAAUUUGCAUAUCCACCACCUCAGUACUACUCCAGAAGUUUUGACUAUCCUGGUCCUGUAAGUCCCCACUCAUCAGCUUUAUAUGGGUCAGUACAUGAAGGUCAGCACCAGUUUUAUCUAAGCUCUCACAAUCAACAACAAAAACUACCCCACCAAGAUAACAGCUACACUAUUGCUCCUAAUUUUACAUCAAAUAUGCCAACAGAUACAUUAUCUAUCACAUCCUCUCCUCGUACAUAUAAUUAUCCCCCUCCUCCUUUCCACAACUAUUUUGGGGUCCCUAAAUUUCGAGACGGUGUUCCACUGCAUCUUCCACCACCUCCACUUCCAUCAAAUUCCAAGUCACAAGAGUAUGGGAGCCCACUGCAGUUUUUUCCUCCUCAUCCUCCACCCACAAGUGCCCGGCGACACAGCAACCCUCAUAUUGGAUCUUCAGGACACCAGGUGAGCUUUUAGGUUUUUGAUGGACACUUGUUUUUGAACUUCUGUGUCACUAUUUAGACUCAAUGUUUCCUCAGGGGGGCAUUUUGAAGAUUAUGAGGGAAUAUUUAGUCUCUAAGAUAGGUAAUGUAUUUUGAUUUCAAAAAAGGUUAACCACUGUUAUUAUUUUUCAUUUAUUGCAAUACAAAUAUAUUUCACUUGUACAUUUUAUCUUAAAAUUUUUUGAAUCAUGAGCAGGCUGCAAAAUUCAAAUUUAACUUCUUUGACUUGAAGACCUGAAGACCUCUUUUUUUUAACUUUACCUUGAAGGGUGGUAAUUGGGUGAAACCCUCUUAGGUGCCAAAUGGGGCAUAAAGGUUGGGAAUCAUUGAUUUAGAUAAAAUAAGCAAAAGCUGGUCGUAUAAGAAGCUUAACGAAAAGGAUGCUGAUUACUUUUACUAGGAAAUACAUUUUAGUAUGAGAUUAAAAAAGAGAAAAUCCAAUUAUCAUUUCUUGGUUUCAAAGCCACUGUCAUCAGCCAAAUGGUCGUCAUUUAUUAAAUUUUACUCUUCCUUCCAGCACCUUGAUUUUUCUGCUGUUAACUCAGUUCUACUCAAGAAUCCACACCCACCUCCUGUUCCGCCUGCUCUGCAUCGUAAAGAGCCAGUUUUUUCUAAUUCAGAAAACAGGUGAAAGUUAGAUUGCAUGCUAGAUUAUUGUCACUAAUACAAUUUUAUGUACAAUGAUCAUCUUUCAAAAUUUUGUAAGAAAAUAUAUCAGACAUUGUAAGUAAAAGCUAAAAAUAUUCUGGGAGAGCACUUUCAUAUUUCCUGGAGCUAUAAUUAAUUCAAAGUAGUUUUUAAUCUUAUAUCGAGAAUUUAUUCAUGCCAAGUCUAACUUCUAAAAUUGAUACAAAAAUUCAAGUGUUAAAAAAAUCAUCAGCUGUUUCAGUAGAAGCAGCCUCUGUGAAAAUUUUUUUCUGUUAAUGAGACUAUCUAUUGGAUUUGAUUGAUUUAUAGACAUGUCCCAUCCAUUUUAGGUAUAAUGACAGUUACAAAUUUUUGUUCUUUGAUUUUUAUCUCUAUAUUAUGGUACAGGCCCAUACAGGCUUAAAAAAAAGUAUUUAAAACUUAAAUAGAAAUAAUAGAUGCCUUAUGAUAUGGCUCCGCAAUCUAAGACGGCACAAUAAAAAAAUAUUACUUUGAAGAAAAACAUAUCUUUAUAAUUAUGCUUGGGCAUGCCGCUAAAUAAAUUUAUGGUUUUAUUUCAAAGAUUGCCUGUGUAUGAUGAUUGUCACUAGUAUUGAACAGGAUGUAUGCAUUUAACUAAAUGAAGGUCUUUCACCUGCAUUUAGAUCUGGAUUUACCUUAAUUGCCACAAGAACAGAACCCUAUCUCAAAGUUGGACUGAUUUUUUACUUAUCAGGACAGAACUAAUUAAAAUGACUACUUAUAACAUUACAUUCAACUUCUUUUACUACAAUAACUCAAAACUUAUUACAGUGGACCCACAAUAUUCAUCCAUGUCGAUAUAAAUAUUUUUUUUAUAUUCGUCCUUUUUUUUUUGUGUUGAAACUUUUGUUUGAUAUUGGAACGAAAAUUCAAUAUUUGUCCCACCUGCCCGUGACUCAAUCAGUCUCAGGCAGUGAUUUUAAGUACCAUUUCAUUUCUUUUUAAUAUUUACACAUUUUUUGCACCUAUUUUUUAAAGAAACAUGUGACAAUGGUGUUCAUAUGACCAUGGUGUACAUGGGACAGUGAUGCUCAUGUGGUGUUCAUGUGAAAGCGGUGUUUAUGUGACAGGGGUGUUCGUGUGAAAGCGGUGUUUAUGUGACAGGGGUGUUCAUGUAAAAGCGGUGUUCAUGUGACCAUAGUCGUUGUUUGCUUGUUUCAUGAGUUUGAAGAUUUUUAAUUUUUUUUUUUUAGAGUUGAGCCCCUUGUUUAUUGCUGUAAACUUUAUACAGUGAGGCAGAUGCCCGGUGACUCCCAUACCAAGCAAUAGCCUAACCUCUAUAAAAUAAAAAGUCUUUACAAUAAUCAUUUUUUUUCUCCUGCCUCUUGUAUAAUUAUUUAAUUUAUACUUAUUUGUUGGUUUUUUUUUUGAACUGAUGAAGGCAUGUGCCAAAACGUACACUUGUGAUUAUGUAAAAUUAUUAUUAAAGCUUCCUUAUAUUGUUAUAUUGACACAAAUUGUUCAUGUCUAAUUAAUAUAUUUUAAAACUUUAUCACAGUCCAAAACUUUUUAUAAUUAGUUAAUAUAACCAUGAACCUUGGGUAUGUGAGGGAACACACAUAUAUCACUUAUUUCUUUGUUUGUUUGCUUUAAUGGCUUGGGAGGCAGGGAGGGAUAAAGUGGUUUCUCAAAUGAAGGUAAAUUUAUGGUUGAAAUUUUAUUUAUGUUGUAGUCCUGCAGUAUAUCUAAGGCAUCACGACGGUCAAAUCUCUGUCAUAAUGAUAAAGCAUUAAUAGUGGUUAAUACUUAAUUAAAAUGUCUUUGCGAUGAUUUCCGGGAUUGAUUUGCAAGUGAAAUUUUUUUUAAUCUGAAGAAUAGAUGGACAAAAUUCGAGGCUGGGAACGGAUUUAACCAUUUUUAGUUAAUUUCUAUGUACAAAAAUAUGUUUGAUAUUUGUCCUUUCCACGCCAGAAUGGAUUAAUGGAGAAUAUUGAGGGUCCACUGUACUUACAAUUACAAUCAUUUUAUGCGAACAUUUGUUAAUGCCCCAACUAAUUUCAGAAUGUUGAGUGUAUUGAUAUUUUUGUUUCAAAUUUACUUUAUGUUGUUAGUUUUUAGUUUAGGAAAAAAAAUAAUGUAUGUUCCUUAACUAAAUGUCAUGUCGAAAACAUCUGUGUUUUCAAUCACUUCUAAGACUCAUGUCAUAAACGUUUUUGACCCAGAUACCCCUCAGUGGUUGGCAUGCAAACCCCUAUACAAAAACAAGCACCUGAAGUCUACAGCAUCCACAGCCAGUCUGGAGAUACGACCGACUUCAAGCUGCAUAAGUAUUUUGCAUCACUUGAACCUCAGGAUAGCAACACGAUGGUACCAGAGCUGGUCCUGAGUUCAAGUCACAUCUCAGAGGACACCCAUCGCAAUGAGGACGCCGUGUCUAUGUUUACUGAUGCUGGGUCCAUGUUUACCGAUGUGACAUCUGCGUACACGGCUGAGGGUGUGACGGGGCGUCUGAAAGGUCUCGGUAUUGAUUUGAAUCACUUGAAGCAUCUUAGGAUUAUAGAGGAUAAGGGGAACAAAGUAACCCCGGGGGCUGAUUUUGAAACCUUGUCGAAAGGUAUCAAGUGCUGCCCUGAGUGUGGCUCAUCCAACAAGGGGUACAUGGACUGGUGUGGGGCCUGUGGAGAGGUCCUCAUUGGGGUCGAGAUGACCAUGCCUGUAAGAAAAAGCAAAAGUUCCAGUGGUAGAGAGAAGAGGACAAGAGGUGGCACCAAAAUGAGUCAAGGUGUGCGUGUUUCACAGCUGGAUCUGGGAGACAACCUUCAAGACUUUUCAGAAGAUUGCAGCUCACACAGAUAUAUCUACCCUCAUAAAGAUUCACCAGAGUCUGGUCGGGGGCAGUCACUGUCCAACUCCCCAGAUCGGAACGAUAGGCACAAUGAGACUGACCAUCCCAUGGACAGCGGACGGGCUUCAAGUGGAGAUGUCAGAGAAGUAACAGGAGUUUGGGGAGAGGAGAAAUCGUCAGGGUGUGAACAAGACCUUGAUGCCCUUGAUAAAGCACCAGGGUGUGAACAAGACCUUGAUGCAGUUGAUAAAGCACCAGGGUGUGAACAAGACCUUGAUGCCCUUGAUAAAGCACCAGGAUGGGAAAUCUCCCAGUCCCAGUUGUUUGAUCAGAUCAAAGACCCCGUGUUGAGGCAGAUUGUCCUGGCCUAUAAUAAAAAACAAAUUUCGGGCAGAACUGCAGACACGAAUGAGAGAGAAGCUGGUAUAGUAAAAAGUAAUCUGAUGGAGAAGGGUGCAGAAUCAUUACAAACAGGCAGAACACUGGAUGAUAAACUACCUCAUUCUGUGACUUUUGAUAAAAUUACAAAUCCCCAAAGCCAUGAGACAAAGCUUGCUCCAGAAAUGAUCAGCUGGUUGCAGGGGCAUCAAGUAUCACAGAUGGAAAGCCAUAAUGGAACCUACAGCGAACCUAACUUUAUCGAAGCGGAUAGGGGAAAAGCAGCUGAGCCCAAGAAAGUCAAGAAGAGAAGGAAAAAGAAGAAGCAAAUAGAUGAGGCUAUGGAUAUUGAAAUUUUUGGAUAUGAAGAAUCUCAUCAAAGUCGCAACUCAAGUCGUAUCGCUAAUAACCUGAUAGUUCCGAUACUAAACCUUGCAUGCACUAGUGAUGAGGAAGAAACUGACACCGACGUCAGUGAUGCUGAUGAUGAUUUCAAAAUUACUGGAGACGUAUCACAUAAGUUUGUGAAUCAGCCAGAUGCAGACAGUGAGGCUGCUCUGGUGCCAUCACAAGGCUCCGGCCCUCAUGUCAGUAUAAAUAAGAACAGAAGCAGUGUGAGGCUUCAACAGAUCACCAGUGUGUCCCCACCUCCCGUUUCUUUAAGUCAGUCAAAGGCUUCAAACAAUAAUAGAGUUGGGUGCAGUAGUAGUGGACCGACUAGAUACCAGCGGCAUUGGGCAAGAUCAAGUAUUGCCUGGGGCUCAUUCCACCCUCGUGAGCUUAGUACUAGGUGAGUGACAGGCUGAUUAACACUGUACCAUACCAGCUUAGUACAAGGUAAGUGACAUGCUAAUUAUAACUGUACCAUUCCAGCUUAGUACUAGGUAAGUAAGUGACAGUGUCAUGAACACUGUACCAUACCAG